AUGACUGCGAAACAGAACGGAAACGAGCUCCGCCAGCGGUUCAAUUCUGACCGCAAAAGCAGCAAGGAUGACCUGCGUCAAGACGCCGAGGUCGAGCUGAAGCGUUUCAUCGAGACGAACGGCCACUUUAGCCUGGUCCGCAACUUUCACCUCGCUGACGCUUUUACGCUGAUGAACGGCUUCUGUGGCGCGCAGUCGAUUUUCAUGUCGGGGCGCUUCCUUGUGACCUCUGACCCGAAGUACAUGUGGUACGCGCUGUGGUUCCCCUUCUUUGGCGCGAUCUUUGACAUGCUUGACGGCAAGAUCGCGCGCUGGCGCCGCUCGAGCAGCAUGCUCGGCCAGGAACUCGACUCGCUCGCGGACUCGAUUUCGUUCGGUGUCGCGCCGACAUUUGCCGCGUUCGCGCUCGGCCUGCGCUACCCGCUCGACACGGCGCUCCUCACGGUGUUUGUGUGCGCGGGCGUUGCCCGCCUUGCGCGCUUCAAUAUCACGGCUGCUAAUGUUCCACACGAUGCAUACGGCAAGUCUCGCUACUUCGAGGGGCUGCCGAUCCCGUCGAGCCUUGCGCUUGUCGGUCUGAUGGCGCUCUCGAUUCUCUUUGGCCGCUUUGAGACCUCGAACGGGCCAUGGGUGCCGAGCACGACGACCUACCCGUACACUGGCCGCUUCCUGUCGUAUCUGGGCGUGGCGAGCGGCGCGGGCGUGCCGUUUGGCGAGUUCGUCCUGGACCUUACCGUGCCGGUGUAUAAGCUGCUGACGCUCGGCGACUUCCUGCCCCAGUUCAUGAGUCUGCCGGACAUUGCCCAGCUGGCCAACUCCUUCGGCUAUAUUGCUAUGCACAAGGUUUCUAUAAUUUUCGCGCUGUGGUCGAUGGCCAUGGUCAGCAAGACGCUCCGCGUCCCGAAGCCGUAG